AAUCUCAAUAUCAAUGGCAGCUUCCGAGACGGUCACUUCCCCGCUGUUCUCUCUCCGCCUAUCUAGCGAGAGAAUCCAAGAACCAAACUUCCACCGACUCGACCCUCGGUUUUCUCUUUCUGUUCGCUUGCUCUCUCGCUCGCGCGAUCUCUCGAUUUCUUGAAAUUUUUUCCCAAAUUUCUGCCAGAUCUGAUCGUGCCGGCGACUCCCAGAUCCGAAGCGCUAACCCUAGGGGAGGAGGGGGGGAGGUGAAAUUUUUGGGUUCUCCACUGCCGGGGGGGCGAGAUGGAGGAGGCGAUGGAGAUGGCGCGGGCGAAGGACACGAAGGAGCGGAUGGCCGGGGUGGAACGGCUCCACCAGCUUCUGGAGUCGUCGACGAAGAGCCUGUCGUCGGCGGAGGUCACGGCGCUUGUCGAUUGCUGCACGGAUCUUCUCAAGGACAGCAAUUUCCGGGUCUCCCAGGGCGCGCUCCAGGCGCUCUCCUCUGCCGCGGUGCUCUCCGGGGAGCAUUUCAAGAUACAUUUUAAUGGGCUCGUGCCCGCCGUCGUCGAGCGGCUUGGUGAUGGGAAGCAGCCCGUCCGCGACGCCGCCCGGCAGCUUCUGAUCACUCUCAUGGAGGUCUCAUCACCCACGAUUAUUGUUGAAAGAGCCGGAAGUUAUGCUUGGAUGCACAAAAGUUGGAGAGUACGGGAAGAGUUUGCACGUACAGUUACAACAGCAGUUGGUCUUUUUGCUUCUACUGAGCUCACUCUUCAGCGAGUUCUACUUCCUCCUGUUUUGCAAUUGUUGAAUGACCCGAACCAUAGUGUCAGGGAAGCUGCGACCUUGUGUAUUGAGGAGCUGUAUACAAAUGUUGGUCCUCAAUUUCGUGAAGAAUUGCAGCGUUACCAUCUUCCUUCAUCCAUGAUGAAAGAGAUGAAUGCCAGGUUAGAAAAAUUAGAACCAAAGGUUCAUCCAUCUGAUGGAGUUGGAGCUCAUUUUAUUUCUACGGAAAUGAAAUCAUUCACUUCUACUCAGAAAAGGAACAGUCCAAAGACCAAGAGCAUUCCAAGGGAAUCCUUGUUCGCUGGAGGAGAAACCGAUGUUACUGAAAAGCCAGUGGACCCAAUUAAAGUGUACUCUGAAAAGGAAUUGAUCAGGGAAAUCGAGAAGAUUACAUCUGCUCUAGUACCGGAAAAAGAUUGGUCACUUAGAAUAGCUGCCAUGCAAAGAGUUGAAGGCCUGGUCUUUGGAGGUGCUGCGGAUUAUCCAUCAUUUCCUAUGCUCUUAAAGCAGUUAGUUACUCCUCUAAGCGCUCAGCUAUCAGAUCGACGUUCUAGCAUAGUAAAACAGGCCUGCCAUCUGCUAUGCUUAUUAUCAAAGGAACUUUUGGGAGACUUUGAGGCUUGCGCUGAGAUGUUCAUUCCGGUCCUUUUUAAGCUUGUGGUGAUAACUGUUCUUGUGAUUGCUGAAUCUGCAGACAACUGUAUAAAAACUAUGUUGCGUAACUGCAAAGUUGCUCGGGUGCUUCCUCGGAUAGCUGAUACUGCAAAGAACGACCGGAGCGCAGUUCUUCGUGCUAGGUGUUGUGAAUAUGCACUUCUGAUACUAGAGUAUUGGGCUGAUGCUCCGGAAAUACAACGUUCAGCUGAUCUUUAUGAAGAUGUUAUAAAGUGCUGUGUGGCAGAUGCAAUGAGUGAGGUGCGUUCAACUGCACGAAGUUGCUACCGCAUGUUCACAAAAACCUGGCCAGAGCGCUCGCGUCGCCUUUUUUCAUCCUUCGAUCCUGUCAUUCAAAGGAUAAUAAAUGAUGAAGAUGGAGGUAUGCACAAAAGAUAUGCUUCUCCUUCACUUCGUGAGAGAGGCACACAGCUAUCACGUGCUCCUAUUCAUGCUAGUACUCCAAGUGCACCUGGAUAUGGUACUUCUGCUAUUGUUGCAAUGGACAGAAGUGCAAGCAUUGCUUCAGGAACAUCUUUUCCUUCAGGCAGCCUACUUUUAUCACAGUCAAAACCACUCGGAAAAGGUUCUGAGAGGAGACUUGAAAGCAUGCUUCAUGCAAGCAAACAAAAGGUUUCGGCCAUUGAAAGUUUGUUGAGAGGUGUAAAUAUAUCUGAGAAACAUAAUUCCUCAAUUUCACACUCAACCAGCUUGGAUCUAGGAGUUGACGCUCCAUCAGCUCGUGAUCCACCAUUUCCUCUGGCUGUUCCUGCUUCAAGUAAUCUCGCUGUACAGAAUCCAGUAUUGGUUGAUUCAACUACAGCUAACACUUUGAGAGGUGGUAUAAGGAAUGGUGGUUCAAAUUUGACCGUUCUCACAAACCCUCAGGUUCAAGCUUCAAGGGACCUUUCCAAAUUUUCUUAUGCCACUCAUCUGUCAUCUGAUUCCUUAUCAGCCCUGUCAUUGCCUUACAUGAAAAGAUCAUCUGAAAGGCUCCAAGAGGGAAGUGCUCUUGAAGAUAAUGCUGAUGUCAGGCUAUCUAGGCGAUCACCUAACAUGCAUAUAGACAGACAGUAUCAUGAGGCACCUUACAGGGAUUCUGGAUAUAGGGAUUUACAAAGUAAUUAUGUUCCUAAUUUUCAGAGGCCUCUUUUGAGAAAGCAGGUGACAGGAAGAGCUUCUGCAAGUGGUAGAAACAGUUUUGAUGAUGGCCAGAUCUCCAUGAGCGAAAUGUCUAGUUAUAUGGAUGGUCCAACAUCUCUAAAUGAUGCACUCACUGAGGGUCUGAGUCCUGGCUCAGAUUGGGUAGCUAGGGUUUCUGCUUUUAGUUAUCUCCGAACUCUGUUGCAGCAAGGGCCAAAAGGUAUUCAAGAAGUUACACAGAGUUUUGAGAAGGUCAUGAAAUUGUUUUUCCGACACUUGGAUGAUCCUCACCACAAAGUUGCACAGGCAGCUCUUUCCACACUCGCAGAGAUUAUUCCAGCAUGCAGAAAACAUUUUGAGAGUUAUCUUGAGAGAAUCUUACCACAUGUCUUUUCUCGAUUAAUCGACCAAAAAGAGUUGGUUAGGCAACCAAGUUCAACAACCUUGGAAAUUGUUGGUAGUACAUACAGUAUUGAUUCACUGCUUCCUGCCCUUCUCCGGUCCCUGGAUGAACAAAGGUCUCCAAAGGCAAAAUUGGCUGUCAUUCAAUUUGCAAAUAACUCCUUCAACAAAUAUGCAUUGAAUUCUGAUGGUUGUACUAAUAGUGGCUUUCUUAAGCUAUGGCUUGCUAAAUUAGUGCCUUUAGUAAAUGACAAAAACACAAAACUGAAAGAAGCUUCUAUAUCUGGGAUCAUAUCGAUUUAUUCCCAUUUUGAUUCAACUGCAGUGUUGAAUUUUAUUCUCAGUUUAUCAGUUGAAGACCAGAACUCUUUGAGGCGGGCACUUAAGCAGUAUACACCUCGUAUAGAAGUUGAUCUAGUGAACUUCUUGCAGAAUAAGAAAGAACGUCAACGUUCCAAAUCCUUUUAUGAUCAGUCAGAUAAUAUUGGAACAUCUUCUGAGGAAGGCUAUGUUAUGACAUUGAAGAAAGGCCCCCAUUUUGGUAGGUAUUCAGCAGGUUCAGUUGAUAGUGAAGGAGGGCGAAAGUGGAAUUCUGUGCAAGAAUCAACCCAACCUGAUGCUUCCAUCGUGCAGACAGCUUUUGAUGAAACUCAGCAACAUUCUUAUCAAACUGUUGAAGUUAGCUCCGACACGGAGGUUCUUGGUCCCAAAAUCAGCGAAUUAAAGCUUAAUACUAACUCUACAUUAGAAAGUGCUGGGUCAAGGACAAUUCACCUAGAAACAGAUCGUAGCCUGGAUCGUGAGAAUUCCGUAACAACUCCAUGUUUAGAUAUCAAUAGAUUGGUCAGUUUCGAUGGGCACAAGGCAGCUGGUUUGACUCAUGGUGGUGAAAUCAUUCAAAAUAUCGAAAUCAUGGAUGAGAAGCUUAAUUCUGUUAAGAACAGCCCUCAAACAGAUAAUGGACCUAGUAUUCCCCAGCUUCUUCAUCAAAUAUGCCAUGGCAAUAAUGCUAAUUCAAGUGUCAACAAACGUGAGGCAUUGCAACAGUUAAUUGAAGCUUCAGUGGUUAAUGAUAGUUCUAUCUGGAUGAAGUACUUCAAUCAAAUUUUGACAGCUGUGCUUGAGGUUUUGGAUGAUACAGAUUCAUCCACAAGGGAACUUGCUCUUUCUUUGAUAGUUGAAAUGCUAAAAAAUCAGAAAGAGGCGAUGGAAGACUCUGUUGAAAUUGUUAUUGAAAAAUUGCUUCAUGUGACCAAAGACAUGGUUGCAAAGAUUUCAAAUGAAGCACAACAAUGUUUGAAUAUUGUGUUAGCUCAGUAUGAUCCAUUUAGAUGUCUUUCAGUUGUUGUACCUUUGUUGGUCAGUGAUGAUGAAAAGACCCUUGUUAUUUGCAUUAACUGUUUAACCAAGCUUGUUGGUCGGCUUUCACAAGAGGAAUUAAUGACUCAAUUACCAUCAUUUCUACCUGCACUUUUUGAUGCAUUUGGAAAUCAAAGUCCAGAUGUUCGAAAGACGGUGGUGUUCUGCUUGGUGGAUAUCUAUAUCAUGCUUGGGAAAGCAUUCUUACCGUACUUAGAGGGGCUUAGUAGCACACAGCUGCGUCUUGUUACCAUUUACGCAAACCGGAUUUCACAGGCACGGUCUGGUGCUCCUAUUGGUGCUAACCAUUGAUGCGUGCGAUGUACUGCAUUUUUCCCGAAUGAGCUGGUGGCAUAUUGGUUGUUUAUUCAUCAGUGUAUUUGUAUAGUAACAAAUCAAAUGUCUCUUAUAAGAUGGAGGGGUGGGUUUCCCUGAGUGGUUUGUGUUUUCCUUGGUUGGUGGUGGUAACAGCGUUUAAUUGUUGUGGUGCAAGAGUGAAUAGUGGGGUUCUGCGGAUUUUGUGACUUUUGUGUGCAUUCCAAAUUGUCUCCAUUGCCACUAAAAUUAAUGCUUGUAAUCCCCAUGUUUUAUUGUUGGUUUACAGGAGUGAA